GCUGUCCUAAUCCGUUCUUAGAGGAUAGAGGCUUAUAGGGACUUCAGGUUAGGUUGGCCACUAUUAUUGCCUCAGAGAGAAUACUCCAAACAACCAAGACCUUCUAUUCAUGUACAGUUUUGAUUCCUUCCUUCUUCGAACUCACCUUCAUGUCUGCGGCUCCUUCUCUGGCUCUGACCACUCUCUUCCGGUCAAAUCUCCAGGAUUAAUUGAAGAAGCUAAUUAUUUCCACUGGGCUAAUUUGGAGGCCAUUUUAAUAGCUGUUAUUGGCUUACGCUAGACAACGCAUUGUUGUCCGAGACCUGUGAGGUUGCCUUUUUAAUAUAUUUAUUUAUUUGUUUGUUUGUUUACUUUUCAUUUGAACGUGUCGACUCCUCAAGAUGAAGGACCGACUGGCGCAGCUGAAGGAGAAGAGUGAUGGUGGAGGCGAUGACAUUGAGAUUCCUGUGGAAAAUGAGGGUUUUAUGGAUGAUUUCUUUACUCAGAUUGAAGAUAUCCGUGUAAGCAUUGACAAGAUAGACGAGAGCGUCACAGAAAUCAAGAAACUCUACUCCACCAUCUUGUCGGCCCCCACAUCUGACCAGAAAACACAAGAUGACGUUGAAGCCCUCACCAAUGAGAUCAAGAAAUCCGCCAAUAAUGCCAGAAACAAACUUAAGAGUAUUGAGCGCCAGCUUGAGUCCAACACAGAUGAGAGGACCUCAGCCGACCUCAGGAUACGCAAAUCACAGCAAGCUAUCCUGGCCAAGAAGUUUGUAGAGGUGAUGACGAAAUACAACGAGGCUCAAGUGGACUUCAGAGAUAAGAGCAAAGGACGAAUCGCCCGACAGUUGGAAAUCACGGGGAAAGCAACGACUGACGAGGAACUGGACGAGAUGCUGGAGGGAGGCAACUCGGCUGUCUUCACUGCCGGGAUCAUGGACUCUAAGAUCAACCAGCAGGCCCUGAAUGAGAUCGAGGCUCGUCACAAAGACAUUAUGAGGCUAGAAAGCAGUAUCAAAGAGCUCCAUGACAUGUUUGUUGAUAUCGCCAUGCUGGUUGAGAAUCAGGGUAGCAUGAUUGACAGAAUUGAGAGCAACAUGGAUCAGUCGGUGGGCUUUGUAGAGAGGGCAGUGGCCGACACCAAAAAGGCAGCCAAAUUCCAGCAGGAGGCACGCAGGAAACAAAUGAUGAUCUUCUGCUGCUGUGUGAUUUUGGCCUUGGUACUCGGUUCAUUUGUCUACAGCUUCUUCAAAUAGAAAACCAGAAUGAGGCCACCCCGCUAACUCCACACAGUACAGGAUGAGGCAGAGCAGAGCUGCUCGCCGACGGUCACACAAUAGAGCCUGGGCUCUGUUUACUGUCAUUUCAACUAAUUCAAGAUAAAUAUUGAAGCUGCAAAUAUUUGCAUUUGUUCUGAGUUAUUUCUGAAGAUGUUCUAACAACUUUUUUUAACCUUCUCUGGCUGCCCCACAUUUAAAUUGAGUUUCAAUGCAGUGUCUGGAUAUUUCAAGUUAAAGGCAUGAAGUCAAGCAUUCAUGGUCAGCUCCAGAACUUACUAAGAGCCAUAUGAUAUUAGGGUUAAACAAAGCAAUACUUAAAUAACAUAUUAGAUACACUCUUCAAUGCUUACAUUGCACUGCAUCCAAUACCCCGCCACGACUAAAUGACCUCAGAAACACCAUAGUUAAACCAACAGACCAAUCGUUCCAACAAAAACAACAAAAAUGAACAUCAUUGUGUUGAUAAAUAUAAGAUGUGUUGUCGAGCUGUAACUAAUGCAGUUGAAAUCAGAAUACCUUACAAAACGUAGAAAGAAAAUGUCCCAUUUAAAAUAAGCAGUCUUAUUCGAGUUAUGCUAUCGAAUGCCCUCAUAGACCAAUUUUUGGAAAUAUGUCUUCCUUCUUUGACUCUGCCUGCAGAAAAAAUACUGUUGCAGUAGUUAUAUGAAUUUGUAUGGUAUUAAGUGCCGGAAUUUUCAGUAAAUGCUGUUGUAUAUGUAGGACUUUUCAGGAGUAUUGAGUUUAGAUUAGCUAGUGAGUGAUAAAGUAGAACAAUUACUACAAAGAGCAAAUUUCUACAUUCAUAUACUCUGAAUAUCUCAGUCUCCCUUACAGAAUUACCACUCUGAUUUUGUUGAACCAUGGCGACAGCUGCAACCAAGACCCUAAUCAAAGGAAAUAAGUAUAAAAGAAUUCUGGCUCUAUACACUCUAAAAGUACUGUUUAUUUGAAUGGAGUCUGGUGAGAUUGAUAAUGGCGAUUUGAAAAAGGAUAUUACUCUUUAAAAAAACUGUCUAUCUCUGAAGGGAUCCUUUCCAUAAUCUUGUCAGACACCUAUGAUAACAACCUGAGCCUGUCAGUGGCAAAAACAGCACUUUUACUGGACGAAAAUAGAUGAUGCGCAUUUGCCCCAUGUGAUAUGUACAUUUCUCUGUUACUUGUGUUUUGAUGUGGAAACUCUAUUACUGUGUCAAUACUUAUGCUAUCGACUGCAUUUAAUGAUACCUGCACCUGCUAUGACACCUGCCUUUAUACAAAGUUUUCAGUGUAAUGAAGGAGGAAAGUCACUUUCCAUGAAGAAUUCCCAUAUUGAAGUUUUGAUGUUGAACUGAUUAUUAUUAAAAUUAGAUGCUGUGUGAGCUCAAAAUAGGAGUAAACUCUAAAUGUGUUAGAUCAGAAAUGGAAAUAAACACAGCCCUGCUUUUUUUGAUUACACUGACACUGCCUUGGGGGUGUGCUCUGCUUUCCGGUCUUUGUUGUUUGUGUAAUUACAAACAUUGCUUUAAUUUUUAAUAUAUGUAUGUCUGUUUUGCCCCUUUUCUUUUAAAGGACUAUGACUGUGUUUCCACAGAGCUUGUUCUUGUUUCAUGCCAUUUGCAUUCUUCCUCCACAAAUGCAGUCGGCUACAACGCAGACGUGGGCUGACAUUGACGCUGCCCUGCAGCCUACUCUUGUAAUAUCAGCCUACUCUUAAACCAUAUUUGGAUUUUAUCUUUUGCAAUUUGAGACUAGAGUUGGUCACUGGCUUAUGCAUAGAUCAGCAGCAGAGCGUGUCACAUGUUAAUGUUGGUUAUGGAAAUAUUGUGUAGAUUUAGUUUUGUAAGCAAUACAAGCAGUGGUGUUUUCUUGUACUUAUCUUAGGUGACAAGUUACAACUGGAAGACCUGCCAGAAAUUCUUUGUGGAUGUCAUACUGUAUGUCUACCACUUUCUUCACUGUCUCAUGCUGCCAUCAAGUUCACCUUGUAAGAUCCCCCUGAAAUCCAAAGAUUUAACAAGACUUUAAAUAUUAGCAAAUUGUUGUUGACUCUUUUCUUUGGGAAUUGAACAGCAAACUUUUAUUUUGUGCUGUCAAAAUAAAACGGAAGAAAUGUAUCUCCCAAGAAUAAGAUAGCAUGACAUAUGGGUAGCCUGACCAAUUAUAACCUGGCUUGUUCAUUGUACCUGUAAAUAUGUUUUUGGACUUGAAUGCAGGAUCACCAGUUGUGGGUAUCCACAUGACAGUGGGAGGACGCCACUUUCUUUGCCAGAUUUCCAGAAGACUAUAGUACAAAAAUACUGUAACCUUUAUAGUUAGAACUUAAAAUAAUUCAAAAAGUAACAUUCCUAUGUGUCAAAUGGGGAUUCAAGGGGGCAAUAGGAAAUUAGACAAGACUAAUGGUUAAUAAUGGUUCAGUACGCACAUUGGCCAUUCUAUUCACUAUUAUUAUUAGCUUGUGUGACAACAUGUAGUGUGAUUUUGUGUCUGUCCUUUCCCUGUGUACAUUAUUUAAGCCUUGUCACUGUAGCAGUGUAUUACAAUGUAUUCUUUUGUUGUACUGUCUUUUGUAGAUUUGCCCACUGUUGACGAUAAUAAAUGGAAACUGUUAUUUA